UCUCCGGCGCGCCAGGCGCACAGGAAAGGCGCGCAACACCCCCCGCCGGAGCCCAUGCAGGCAGCCGGGCCACGCAUCCCCGCCGGCAGCCCGCGGCGCCCGUGGGCGAGUCCUGCUGCUGCUGCUGCUGCUGCGACCCGCAAGCGGCCGACCUCUUUUCUCAUCCAAGACAUUUUGCGCCAUGGAGGCGCUGGCGAGGAGACGCCCCGGUCUCUGCGGGGGGAAGCCAGAAGCGCGCAGGAGAGACAGCCGCAGCAGCAGGGGGCUUCGUUGUCGGAUCCAGCCCAGAGGGAUCGCCUUCCCGUGGGAUCAGUCAGAGCCCUUGAGAAGCCCUGCGAGCUGGAGGCAAAAGAUCCAUCUGCUGAGACCUGCCUGGCAAACCGUGACAACCCUUCCAAAUCCCUGCCAAACCACCCGAACCUUUUGAAGCAGCAAAAACGUUCGCGUGCUGCUUUUUCUCACACUCAGGUUAUGGAGCUCGAAAGGAAGUUCAGUCACCAGAAAUACCUGUCUGCCCCAGAGCGAGCCCUCCUGGCCAAGAAUCUGAAGCUGACUGAAACCCAGGUGAAAAUCUGGUUCCAGAACCGACGGUACAAGACCAAGAGGAAGCAGCUGUCCUCCGAACUCAGUGGACUGGAUAAGAGCUCUGUUAUGACGGGCUUCAAAGACCAUGACUUGACCCGGGCUUCCCUGGCCCUCUCUGUGUAUCACAGUUACCAGUACAAUCCAUAUCUAUACUAUGUAAAUGGCUGGCGUCCCAUCUUGUGGUAACUAACAUGAUGAUGAAUACUGCAGGCAGCACCACCAAAGGACUGGCUAGUGGGAUAGAUGGCCACUGUGACUUUGCCAGGGGUAUACAGUAUCUGCCCGCCCAGGUGCCUUUGCACAUCCAAGGGGAUAUGCUGAUGUUUUAGAGCUCUGUCGAUUUGGUCUCAAUUAUGGUUCAUUCUGUGUACAAGGAGGGAAUUUCCACCUCAUAGUUUUUAAUGCAAAUAGUUGUACAAUGAGUAUGUGAGUUCUGACUUGAGCUAUUGGACAGACCGUGUUCUUUGUUGCAACCGUGUGCUUUUUCCUAGGGGCUACUGACUGACAAUCAUCUGCCUUUUAAGUGACUGAUCAACUACAUUUCGAUAAACGUGUGCGUUUCUGAAACUUUUAACAGAGGUGCCUUUUUAAUUACUGAAGGAGGAGUGUGAGUGAAAACUCCUCAUUCAAUAAAUGAUGUGUGCUAAAA